AUGCUCAUGUCUACCAUGAGCCUCUCCGACGUCUUGGUGUACCUCUCCCAGCAGAAGGACCAGCUUGCCUCCAGCCUUGACUCCUCCGUCAUGGUCCAAGGCACCUGCCUCAUCUGCAACCUGGACGGGCCAGGAGGAGGAGGAGGAGGAGCGGCGGCGGCAGGAGCAGCAGCAGCAGCAGCAACGAGGGAGGGGGAGGGAGAGGAUGACACGUGGCGUUUCUCAGCUGUCAUCUCCCUGGACGAAGAGGACGGAGAGGGGGAUCUCGAGAUUGUCGACGAGGAGGAGCUGAGAAGUCACGUUCCCCGCUGCUGGGUGCUGUGCUGGCGGCAGGAGGGCACGGAGGGUCGGGACGGGGCGCUGCCGGACCCUGCUGGGGUCUGGAGGAAGAGGGGGCAGGACCGGGUCCUGCGCCUGCUGGAGGGGUUGGUGAGGGAGGCAACGAGGGUGUGGAUAUGGGGGCGAUGCACCUGCCCGAAGGUGCAGCUGUUGGCAUGGGAGGUGGACGCGCUCCUGCGGAGGGUCCGCAGCUACCCUCUGACGAGGCUCGACGGGCGACUCCAGCAGCUUCUCCAGCUUGAGGCCCCCUGGUCCCAGCUGCUGGACGACCUGGCCACCCGCCACCGGAGCUGGUCACAUGUAUCUUCAUGCAGGAAGUGGCUGCUGCUGCUCCCUGCCCAUGAGGAGAGUCCGGGUACCGCCGUGAUCCUCACCAUCCGGACGUUCGGGGACAGGUCGGAGCUCCAGGCGCUGAUAUGCACUUGCGAGGAGGAGGAGGAGGAGGAGGGGAGACAAGGUGGGGGGAAGGGCGAGAUGGGAGGGAUGGAGGAGGCGAUGCGAGGAUGGAUGCGGGGGAUAGUGACCGACAUCUGCUACUGGCUGUGGGGCCUCUCGCUCUAA